AUCCUGGGCCCAAGCCCACUCAAGGAAGCCCAAACCCUAUAUAAGGAGGUCUAACCCUCCAAGCCAGAGAUCUUCUCCUUUUCCCUUCCUCACUUUCCCCUAAGGUCUCUCUCUCUACUUUAUCUCUCUACAUACCAUACACUCUCCUAUAUCGUACUAACUUGGGCGUCGGAGCUUAUCCCAGGGGGCCGCCCCCCGCCUCACAGGUUCUUCCCCUCUCGAGGAGAUCAAACGAAGGAGUCCAGAUCGGAGCCUCACAACCGCCUAGAACAUUCUAGGCACAAACACAUACACUCUCCUAUAUCGUACUAACUUGGGCGUCGGAGCUUAUCCCGGGGGGCCGCCCCCCGCCUCACAGGUUCUUCCCCUCUCGAGGAGAUCAAACGAAGGAGUCCAGAUCGGAGCCUCACAACCUCCUAGAACAUUCUAGGCACAAACAAUUUGGCGCCCACCGUGGGGCUCUGACUUAGAUUCGAUCGUUUGGUUUCCGGGGGGGAGGAGCAGAAAACCGAACCGUCGAUGUCACACUCGUCCAGCAAGCUCACCCUCGACAACCCCUGAUGAUAGGAAGAAAAGGAGAAUUGGUUGGUCUUCUUCCACAACAAGUGGAUCCGAAACCAAGAAACGCCAGAACCAGCUUCCUCAAAGGCCGAUCCAAGAAGAUUAUCCAAGGAAAAUAAGAGAGAAGCCAGCCACGGGGAGGAGAUUUAAUGCUCUCAUCCACCACUGCAGCUGCGGCGGCUUCGAAGACCAGUCGAAGAAAAAGGAGAAAGAAAUGAUUCAUGUGAACCCGAUCUAAGGGCUGUACUCUCAAGUGGAAAAGCGCCAUACAAGUUUGAUUCUCCCUCUUUCAACAUCGACCACAACAUCAGUGCUGCUCUCCUCCAUGUUUCUCGCCGUCACCAACUCAACCAGGGAACAAAAACAAAAGAAGAAAGGGAUAAAGGCAAAAUAGGAAAAAGAAGAGCUCACGGAAGAAAAAGCCUGAUUCGUCUCCGCGGAGCGCGUCGUCUUCACCGGUCGUCGCCCAGCCACUCACCUCCGUCGGCAAAGCUCGAUGCAGCCGCCAGUUGCAACGUUAUUGCUAGUCCUUGCUGUAGUCACCAGUAGCCGCCCAACUGCUCGUCAACGCCAGCGCCGAUGUUUUCUUCCCUCCGUGUUGAUCACCAUCACCAACCAGCCGGAAAACAACAAGGCAGCAAGCCAACAAUUCAGAUUCUGGUCACCGGGGUCGCAAGCACCACCGACGUUCGACGGAAAAAGAAGAGGUCUUGUCGUAGUCACCAUCAUGGUUUCCCCCAAUGACACCGAAAGUAGGGAAAGUUACUUUUCUCCUUGUCAGAAAAAGCAGGCAGACCCGGAUAUUGAGGAGAACAGUUAUCGAGGCAAAAUGGAUGGGAAACGCUGAAGAAGAAGGGACUCUGCGUCCAAAAAGCAUAAGAGAAAUAGAAAAGGGUCACCAUAAAUUCUCCUCACUGAAUCACUACCCUAGCCCGCUAAGGAGGACCAAAACCGCCAAGGCCCACAUUUUACAUGCCGGACCGCCAACAAAGUUUCAGGAUUGGCCCACCAAGUGACAAACGCGUCCCGCCUCAAGUUUCUCAACGCUGGCCCAACUUCAACGCAGUGCCAAGAACAGUCGCGCCACAAAUGGACUGCCACACUUCCAUCACCAUCCGCAUUGGGCCGUAACGCGGUUCACACCACCAGAUCGAUGUGCAAAGCCCGACAUCCACCCCCACAAGUGGACCGCCCAGCUUUGCAACUAGCCCACCUCCCGACCAAGGACUAGGCCCACUUCACAUUUCGUCACACAAGGAGGUCCCCCGCCUUCGCGUCAAAUGGACCGCCUCCAGUCGGCCCGCCUUCAUUCAACCAAACCCGCCUACUACAUCAGACCCAAGAUCGCCUAAAGCCCAAGUCAAGGCCCGCUUCGUCUCGUCCAUGCCCACGUUUCGUCCAUGGCCCGCUUUAGUACCCGACUUCAACGGACCGCUCAAGUCGAGGCCCGCCACGCAUCGCGUGCAUCCCCCUCGCGGUCAAAGCCCGUCCGACCUGCAGACGCACAACACAAGCCCGUCUUGAAGAUGAGCCCGCCAAGCUUUCGGAGCACAACGGCCCGCGCCUCCAACGGCCCACCAGUCCGGCCCGCUUCGCGGUCUUCAAGCAUUGGCGAAGUCAAGCGACUAAAAACGCCUGCAAGGAGAUUAGAACACGCGCCCUAGGCCUACCUGGAGGAAGCACUUUACUAGUAUGCUAUGAAGCACUACAUGCACCACUACUGCAAUGCUAAGAAUUUGACUUUCUGCUAUGUGUUACGGCUCAACCUCGAGAUAAGUAUUUUCCUCAAAAAUAUUUCUCAUUUACUCAUGAAACGGUCAUUACCACCACGCUUUAAAAUUUAAAAAAUAUCAUGCCAUGAA